ACCACCCUAAUUCCGUUACUCGUUUUGGUGGUUCUUCCCAUUCCCGCCAGUGCUCUCCUCUCAGAACAGAGACAAUGGACGACAGAGGGGGGAAUCCAUUGAUGAGACAGACGGGAAUGAAGAGGUCCUUCAGAUUCGGAAUCCAUGCUUCGCUCACUGCUUGCUCCCAGGAGGACUUUCGCAAAGCUUUCGCGAAGUUCACCCCUACGGAGCAAGAACACCUCCAUCGGUUCUUCACGGAGGUUGUUUCUUCUAUGCAAAAAAGUAUAGAGGACGAGUUUGAGGAUAUCUGCAGGGAUGUAGAGGUAGGAAAAGUUCUUGAUACCGUGGAACUUCUUGUGGAAGAGCAUCACCUGGACCCACUCUCUUCACAGAAGAGUGACAUUAAUGAAGCGUGGAAACAUCUAUUAGAAAUAAAAAAGGCUGAGGUGAACCACUUGAUGGGCAUGGUGGAAAAGGCCGAAGAACAGAAGCGGCUUCUGAGUUCUCGUAUUGAAUCCUUAAAGAACGAAAGGACAGAUGUUUCAGGUGCCACAGAUUUUCUGGAUAAGUUAAGGACAUUGAACAACAAUGUACCACAGGCAAUGAAUCCUUGAGGUAAUGCCCGCCCAUUAGGGUGUUCAUCAGUUUUUCAGAAUCAAAUUUGAGUAUUAUUCUAGGGCAUCUCUUGCAUUGUCAACUGCACAAAUUUCACGAGCAGCAUUCACACAUUUGGGAGAGAGAUAUAUGUGUUGGUGGCGUUGGGCAAUUGAUGGAUCGUCCGGUCGGUUUCAAAAGGCAUUCAGGGAUGAGUUCAUAAGAAAUAACCUUAAAUAGG